UAACCCCGAAUUUGUGCCUGAGAGGAUGACCUCAAAAAUAAAAAAAUAAAAUAUAUAUUUUUGGUUUCAUUUCUGUUUCGAGCCUUCGACUUCGUCUUCUAUCGUCUUCUUCUUCGUCUUUUUAUUAUUUGAUUUUCUUCUCCGAUUUCCAUUCAUGGAUUUGGAGAAAGAAAGUGGAGCUUUAGAUAGCUCUGUCGAAGUGGAUGUGGGUUCUUCAGGAGGAGGUCCAAUUUUGCAACCAUAUGUUGGUAUGGAAUUUGAUUCUGAAGAUGAUGCCAAGAAAUUCUAUAUUGAGUAUGCUAGACGAGUAGGAUUUGUAGUGCGUGUUAUGCAGCGUCGUCGUUCGGGUAUUGAUGGGAGAACUCUUGCUCGUCGUCUUGGAUGUAAUAAACAAGGUUUCUCUCCUAAUCAAAGGGCUGCAUUUGGGCCCGAAAAAAAGCCACGACCCAGUGCACGAGAAGGUUGUAAUGCAACAAUAUUGGUGAAGAUGGAAAAAUCGGGAAAAUGGGUGGUGACAAGAUUCAUAAAGGACCAUAAUCAUCCUUUAGUCAUCACAGCCAAUGGCUUCAGCACAGAGGGUGAUAAAGAUAAGAAAAUUGAAGAACUUACAGUGGAGUUGGAACAUCAGGAGCAUCUAUGCGCGACGUAUCGAGAAAAGCUUCUGAGUUUCAUGAAAAAUGUUGAAGAGCAAACAGAAGAACUCUCUGGGAAGAUCCAAGUUAUAGUUGAAAAUGUGAGAAAAGUAGAAUCCAAAUUGCAAAAACAUUCCCGUCGUAGAUAACUUUUCACUUAGAAUUUGAUAACCUUGUAAUUAAGUUCAAUAUCUCUAGUGAUGUGCCAUAUUUUAGCUAGAUUACUGUAUUAUUCAAAUUCAGCUCCACUAACAUUUUAGUUAUGUACAGUUCCUUUUUUAAAUUAGCUUCUCCUACUUCAAUCGUGAAUUGAAAACAACAGAGAUCACCUUGUCCU